AUGUUCAAGAUUUAUGUGCUCUUAGUUACACUCUUCAGAGCCUAUGGCGCUCUGCUCUAUGCUGAACCCGGACAAAAUGUGACUUUGAAGUGUUUCUAUACCUCCAUUGACAACAACUUGUGUUGGUACAAGCAGGACUCGGAUUCAGCUAUAUACUACUGUGGAAAAAUCAGUGGCGUAGUCACUGAAUUUGACAACGGAACUUUUUUGGUUUUGAAAGAGUCCAGUCUCAGGUAUUUACUCCAGCAGCCGGAGUCCGACUCUGUGAAGCCUGGAGGCUCUGUUACUCUGAACUGCACGGUGCACACUGGAACCAAUGACACAGAACAAAGUGUUUACUGGUUCAAAAAGGAGAAUACAACAAACUCCAAACAUGUUGGAACUAUGUACAUCCACACAAACGGCAGCAGUCAGUGUGUGCAGAGCCUGGGGUCCGAGUUUCCUGCGUGGAGCUGUGUGCACAGUUUAUCAAAGCAGAAUGUAAGCCUGUCUGACGCUGGGACGUAUUACUGUGCUGUGGCUUUAUGUGGAGAGAUAAUCUUCGGGAAAGGAACAAGACUGGAGGUUGGAGAGAAACGACAAGACAUCUUCCCUCUCUUGGUGCAUUGUGUGGUUGCAGCUCUGAUUGUGUCUGUUAUCUUGAACAUCAUCGUAAUCGGUAUCCUAUGCAAAGUGUCAAGGAGAGAAAACCUUCCUUCUGGAGGGGUGUCUCCCCCCCACACUUCGGUCGCAGAAUACACUCCUAACAUUGAGAAUCAGGAAUCUAAAGAUUUGGAGUACGAAGCUCUGGAUUUCAAAACGAUGCGAAGCAAGAGCAAAAGAAAGAGAAGCACAGAGGAUGAGACGGUUUACUCUACAGUAAGACUGUCAGACCUAAAGUGACCACACUUUCUACACCUUUCACCGACUCCUGCCAUCAUGGAUUUUAUUACAUUUUACAAGAUCAACUUUUGUGUUUUAAACAUUUUUUAAAUCCUGUUUAUUCAUUACUGUGAAGUUUAAAGUGUCCUCAUAACCCUAACCUAUAUCCCUAGCCCUCUUA